GGCGCAUCCCGCGGGCGGCGGAGGCGGAGGCGGGUGGCGGGCGCAAGAUGAUGAAGUUUCGGUUCCGGCGGCAGGGUGCCGACCCGCAGCGCGAGAAGCUCAAGCAGGAGCUCUUCGCUUUCAACAAGACGGUGGAGCAUGGCUUCCCCAACCAGCCUAGCGCCCUGGCCUUCGACCCUGAGCUCCGCAUCAUGGCCAUCGGCACCAGGUCUGGGGCUGUCAAGAUCUAUGGCGCACCUGGUGUGGAGUUCACAGGCCGACACGAAGAUGCUGCUACCGUCACCCAGAUGCACUUCCUGCCUGGCCAGGGCCGCCUUCUGACCCUGUUAGAUGACAGCAGCCUGCAUUUGUGGGAGAUCACCCACCAUCACGGCUGUGCCCACCUGGAGGAAGCACUCAGCUUCCAGCUGCCAAGCCGUCCAGGCUUUGAUGGUGCCAGCCUCACCCGCGUCACUGUGAUCCUGCUGUUAGCUGCUGGCACCAUGGCAGCCCUGGGAACUGAAGGUGGCAGUGUCUUCUUCCUGGAUGUCACCACCCUGACGCUGCUUGAGGGGAAGACCCUCAGCCCAGACGAGGUUCUGCGCAGUGUACCAGAUGACUACCGGUGUGGGAAGGCUCUGGGUCCUGUGGAAUCGCUUCAGGGACACCUGCAGGACCCCGCCAAGAUCCUUAUAGGCUACAGCCGGGGCCUGCUGGUUAUCUGGAGCCAGACCAGUCAGUGUGUGGACCAUGUUUUCCUCGGGAACCAGCAGCUGGAGAGCUUGUGUUGGGGGCGUGGCGGCAGCACCAUCAUCAGCUCGCACAGUGAUGGCAGCUAUGCCAUUUGGUCCACAGAUGCUGGCAGCCCCCAGACGCUGCAGCCCACGGUAGCCACCACGCCCUAUGGUCCCUUCCCCUGCAAGGCUAUCAACAAGAUUCUGUGGCGGAGCUGUGAGUUGGGGGGUCACUAUAUCAUUUUCAGUGGUGGCAUGCCCCGUGCCAGCUAUGGUGACCGCCAUUGUGUGAGUGUGCUGCGAGCAGAGACGCUGGUGACCCUGGACUUCACCUCCCGCAUCAUUGACUUCUUCACCGUGCACAGCAUGAGGCCGGAGGAUGAAUUUGACGACCCUCAGGCCUUAGCUGUGCUGCUAGAGGAGGAGCUGGUGAUGCUGGACCUGCUGACCCCUGGCUGGCCAGCCAUGCCUGCCCCCUACCUGGCCCCAUUGCACUCAUCGGCCAUCACCUGCUCUGCCCAUGUUGCCAAUGUCCCCAGCAAGCUGUGGGCCCGCAUUGUGCGUGCUGGUGAGCAGCAGAGCCCCCAGCCUGCCUCCAGCGCCUCGAGCUGGCCCAUCACUGGGGGCCAGAACUUGGCCCAGGAGCCAUUGCAGAGAGGGCUACUACUGACUGGCCACGAGGAUGGCACCGUGCGGUUCUGGGACGCUUCUGGUGUAGCGUUGCGGCCUCUGUACAAGCUGAGCACGGCUGACCUUUUCCAGACAGACUGUGACCAUGCUGACAACCUGGCCCAGGCUGCUGAGGAUGACUGGCCGCCCUUCCGCAAGGUGGGUUGCUUUGACCCCUACAGUGAUGACCCCCGGCUCGGGGUACAGAAGGUUGUGCUCUGCAAGUACACGGCACAGAUGGUGGUGGCUGGCACUGCAGGCCAGGUGCUGGUGCUGGAGCUCAGUGACGCGCCGGCGGAGCAGGCAGUCAGCGUGGCCAGCGUGGACCUCCUGCAGGACCGCGAGGGCUUCACAUGGAAGGGCCACGAGCGGCUUAACCCUCGCACAGGCCUGCUGCCUUGGCCUGCAGGCUUCCAGCCCCGCAUGCUCGUGCAGUGUUUGCCGCCAGCUGCCGUCACUGCUGUCACGCUCCAUGCUGAGUGGAGCCUUGUGGCCUUUGGCACCAGUCAUGGCUUUGGCCUCUUUGACUACCAGCGCAAGAGUGCAGUGCUAGCAAGGUGUACGCUUCACCCCAAUGACUCACUGGCCAUGGAGGGGCCGCUGUCCCGGGUGAAGUCCCUCAAGAAGUCGCUGCGCCAGUCAUUCCGGCGCAUCCGAAAGAGCCGUGUCUCAGGCAAGAAGCGGCCCACUACUGCCACCAGCAAGUUGCAGGAGGCCAACGCACAGCUGGUGGAGCAGGGCUGCCCCCAUGACGUAGAGAUGACGCCCGUGCAGCGCCGCAUCGAGCCCCGCUCUGCUGACGACUCCCUCUCCGGUGUCGUGCGCUGCCUCUACUUCGCGGACACGUUCCUUCGCGACGCUGCCCACCAUGGGCCCACCAUGUGGGCAGGCACCAACUCAGGCUCUGUGUUUGCCUAUGCACUGGAAGUGCCAGCAGCUGCAGCAGGCAGUGAAAAGCGGCCCGAGCAGGUGGUGGAGGCUGUGCUAGGCAAGGAGGUGCAGCUGAUGCACCGGGCACCAGUGGUGGCCAUCGCUGUGCUGGAUGGCCGUGGCCGCCCGCUGCCUGAACCGUAUGAGGCCUCUCGGGACCUGGCACAGGCGCCUGACAUGCAGGGUGGACAUGCUGUGCUCAUCGCAUCUGAGGAGCAGUUCAAGGUGUUCACGCUGCCCAAGGUGAGCGCUAAGACCAAAUUCAAGCUGACAGCCCAUGAAGGUUGUCGGGUACGCAAGGUGGCUCUGGCCACAUUUGCCAGUGUGGCAUGUGAGGACUACGCUGAGACCUGCCUUGCCUGCCUCACCAACCUGGGCGACGUCCACGUCUUCUCGGUGCCUGGCCUGCGCCCUCAGGUGCACUACUCCUGCAUCCGGAAGGAAGACAUCAGUGGCAUCGCCUCCUGCGUCUUCACGCGCCAUGGCCAGGGCUUUUACCUGAUUUCUCCAUCAGAAUUUGAGCGCUUCUCCCUGAGUGCCCGCAACAUCACAGAGCCACUCUGCUCUCUGGAUAUAAGCUGGCCCAGCCACAAGCCCCGAGAGUCACCCAAGCUGAGCCAAGCAAAUGGGACCCCGAGCAUCAUCCUGGCCCCACAGAGCUGUGAAGGAAGCCCCUCCAUCACUUACAGGAAGCAAACUGACACAACAGAGCUGCCUGAGGCCACACUCUCGCCCACAUCUGUUGACUUGGCCACCAGUGGGGAGACCACGCUGGACACAACAGGGGAUGUCACAGUGGAAGAUGUGAAGGAUUUCCUGAGCUCCUCUGAGGAGUCUGAGAAUCGGAGGAACCUGGUGGAAGAUGAGGACCGGUCCUGUGCCCUUCUGAUUACAUGAGGCGCUGUGCCCUGCUCUCCACCCAGCAGCUGCAAUUCUUCUGGCCCCACCUGGGACCGUGGCAGGCUCCUACAAUGGUGUCACCCCCUGAAGUGUAGCUGCCUUCUUCUGGGUGUUGGACGGGGUCUUAGGGGGCUCUCACUGUUAAUGACUAUCUCAGCUCAGCGCACAGCAGGCCAGCUCUGGCCCUUGGAGGUCAGGGCUGGGAGCUCAGCUGGCUUGGUUGGCCCAUUUCACAGAAGGUAUACUGAGGCAGAUUGGUCCUGGAUCCAUGAAUGAACCUUGCUGUGUAGUGCCCAUUCUCUCCGUUGGGCACAAAUACUGCUUGUUUUCCUGGGUUACUUCUGUAGUGGGUUAUAUGGCCAGUAUUUGGUACUCUCUGCUGGUGUUCCAGCAAGCCCAUCUCAGGCUGUCACUAAAAGGCCCUGCCUGCCCCUGCACAGGAUGUUGAGGGGGGUAUUGGUAUGGCCUAAGACUUCCUCACCCUCUGCUGGCACCUUUCCCUCCCUCUGCCAGGAAGACCAGCACUACCCUAGCCACUGUCUGUCCUGCCUGGUCCCUAACACUGACCAUACCUGCUAAUCGUUGUGAACCAGUGGGACUUGUUGCCACCACCGUCACUGGGCCUUGCAGCCACUCCAGCUUGGGGAGGGGACAGGUGGAGCUGGGUCCCUCCUCCCUUUGGAAAGAGUAUUUUUCUAACACCUUGACUGGGUGGGACAGUCAUUUCUAAAAUUAUUUUGGUACUUACUCCUGCACCCACCUUCUAUCCUGAGUGUAAGUGCAUGUGCUUGUGUGACUGGACGCUCUACUAGGCACCCCACAGCUGGAGCCAGUCAAGUGUGCGUGUGGUGUAUGUUUGGAGGGGUAAGGAUGGACUUCCCAUAGACUUAUCUUGGGCUUUUU